AUGAAUGUAUACCAGUACAGUCAACCUGCCGUCUUACUCAUUGAGACAUAUUUGUCAAAAUGUGUAAUUGUCCGUUGGAUAGCCAGUCCAGUCAAGAAUCUUGAGACAGGCGAAAGAGACAGAAGAAGGAAUUUGUUCAUUGUUUCAAUUACAGAUAAAACUAUCGUCGUGAUUCUCACAGUCAGUGUGAUUACAUGCAUUGCUGAGAGCCAGUACAAGGCUGAAAUCCCACGUAAACACUGUAAACCCUGCAAAGGUUUCAGUCAUCAAGAACCCAGCGAGUGUCCUCUUCUUAGAAAUGACACCUUUGCCAUUGUUGGACAACUUCGACCAUUGUUAGGCAAUAUAAAAGACGAUCUACAGGCAGAAAUAGACAUUUUGAAAAAUUUUCUAGGAGCUGAUGUUAAAAAUUAUGAACCGUAUACAAUAGUAGACCUGGAAGACAUCAAACAUUCAUCUGUUUCCCAACACUUACGAGCAAAAAAUAAAGUUGAGGAGAUUAUUCAUCAUUCCUACGGACAGACGAUGCUUCUCAUAGCUUAUAUCAACCUAUAUGAAGAUAUGGUAAAAGGUCAAAAAGAUUUCAAAGAGCUACCCAAAAGCACAACAAAGUUUAUUCGUGAAAAGUUAGAAAAGCUAUCGUGCAAACUUUAUCAUUUUACACUUAGACUUGGCGUUGCAAAAAUAAAGAGAAAACUUUGUAAAUAUGUCGAACCUAAACCGUUCUCAAAUAUAAGCAGAGAAAAAGAUUACAUUAUUUCUGUAUUGCAAUGGGGCCGGAAAAGUUUUGAUGCUAUGAUUAAGAACAUAGAAAGUUUGGACAGUGACAGCAUCACUGAGAAAUGCAAAUACGAAUGUUUAGAUGGAAAAAGAACAAUUAGAUGCGAAGAGCACAAGAAAGAACUGAGAAGUGGGCUUAGAAAUAAGCGCAAACGCAACAAAAAUAAGAAAAACAGGAACAAAGGCAAACGGAGGAGAAAUAACAAAAAAUGCAGGAAAAAUAACAAAUCUGAAAAAGGUAAAAAACGCCAUUGUAGAAACAAGAAAAGAAAUAAGAAAAGAUCUAACAAGAAAAGAAAUAUAUGCUUCAAAUGCAACUGAUGUUUUGAAAGAUAAUAUUUAUUAUAACAAAGGAAUACUCAGAAUUGUCGAAUCUCAGUGAUACUUUUGGACGAAAUUUUUGCCAAUCACCUUGAUCUCAUUCAUUUCAAGCAUGGAUACAAGUCACUUAAAGCAAAAUAAGAAUGAAUGUGCACAUUGGUUACGAGCACUAGGAAUGUAUACAUUUUUUUCAUCUUAAACAUUUGAUUCGAGUGUUUAUUGAAUUUGAUACUUUGUGGGUCAGACAAUUUGCUUUAUGUACGAUUUACUAGUUAUACAUUGUUUACCAUGGUCUGUCAUAUUGUAAAGAUAUCAAAAACAUAAAAAGAAAAGAGUGGAAAGUAUGUGAGUGCAUGCAAAAGUAUCAUUCAAUGUGCUUUUUUUCUUCUUUUGUGUGUAAGUUACAGAUGUGCAUGAAAUGUACAGCAAGUAUGAACAUAAUCAUUCUAAUUUAUUUUCAUGUCAUGUAUGUUCUUUGAUAUUGUUCAGUUCUGUCUCAAGAUCUUGUUAGAUUGCCAUGUUGAACAUGGCAGCAUUCCAUGACGGAAAUGCAUAGAGUCUCUUCUGGUGUGAUCUAUGAAUUAUCAUCAUAUAUAUUACUGUUCAACUAUUUUUAAAUUCCUAAACAGGUUGUGUUCAGAUUAUUUUCAUUGUAAGAGUUUGUUUUACAUUUUAUUUAUUACUUUUACACAGGAAGAGUCGCAUUUAGAGUGUUCUACAUGUUCAAACACUUCAGUUGUAAUUUUAUUUGUUGAAGGUUGCUAUGAAUAAUAUCCGUCCACCAUAGGUUGUCUCAGAUGUAAAUAUAUAAGCUUUUAUCAUAUGUGAAAUAACAUUUGCACUUACAGGUUAUGCAUUUUCACGAAAUAUUAUACAAGUCAAGUUAACAUCUCUCAAUGUAUUCAGUGCUUUUUUUCUUUUAUAUGUCUAUUUUUAAUCAUAAAACGUACCAUAUUGUAUUAUAUUUAUGUUUAUAUUUCUUUAAGAAAUAAAUAAAUGCAUUAUU